AUGGACUCCUCACCGACCCAGGUGAAAGUCAUCUUCACCACCGAUGAGCAGGACUUGCAGCUCCCAGAGUCCAAGAGACAAUUGCUUGUCCCAGCAGACGUUAAGCGAUAUGGCCUCUCUCGGAUCCUCAAUUCCGAGUCCAUGCUGGACACAUCGUCUCCAAUCCCGCUCGACUUCCUUGCCAACGGCACAUUUCUACGCACCUCUAUCGAAGACUACCUUAAAUCGAAUGGCCUCUCAUCAGAGACGACUCUCACUCUCCAGUACGUUCGCAGCUUGAUCCCGCCCGUGUAUCAAGCUAGUUUCCAGCACGACGACUGGGUCGGCGACGUUGAUGUCUUAUCAGCAACAGCCCCUGCUAGCAAGGGUAUCGACGGCGUUGUCAAUGACAGAAUUGCCAGUGCCUCGUACGAUGGCCUAGUAAGAGUAUGGAAUCCGUCCGGCGAGGCGAUUGCGACAUCUAGUGCCGGUAGAGCAGGUGGGCACACGUCAAGAGUCAAUGCCGUGAGGUGGCUAUCUCCUUCAAAGCUUGCAUCGGCAGGCCUUGACAGAAAAGUCGUCAUCUGGGACUACUCUGAGUCAGAAGACAACUUCUCGGGCUCGUUGAAACACAAUAUGGAACUAUGGGGCCAUGAGAAGAACAUCAACGCCAUCGACGUCAACUGCGCUACGAAACGAAUCCUCACUGCCUCCUCAGACGGGCGUGUCGGCCUAUGGACCUCGUCCAAAAAAGCUGCUCCCCAAGCUGAUGCUGAAAGCCUGCCCUCGUCCCAUUCCGCUAAGCGUGCCAAGUUAUCCGCCGCCAGUAAUACUGCUCAGCGUGGGCCCUUGGCCAUGAUGCCCAUGCACGAUGACCAAGUCACUGCCGCCAUUUUCCACCCACACGACUCAACUGUUGCGUACUCUGCGUCUCAGGACCACACCGUCAAGACAAUCGACUUGACUACACAGAAGGAGGUUUCAAGAUUGACAACCCUCCAUCCAAUCAUGUGUGCGGCAGCAUUACCAGGAAAUUCGCUCGUCGCCGCAGGCUCUUCGGCGCGACACAUCACCCUCCUGGACCCCCGAGAGGCAGCUACCGCCACUGCAGCCAUGACUCUCCGCGGCCACAUCAACAUGGUUGUAUCCUUGUCACCUUCUCCUGAUAACGAGUACUCUUUGGUAUCCGGUUCACACGACAGCACCUGUCGCGUCUGGGAUCUCCGGAGUGUACGGCCCGCCACGUCUGAAGAGGGGUCCGGCAGCGUCAGCGAGCCAGUGUACACCAUUUCCAGGGAGUGGUUAAGCGGCAAAAAGUUGCCGCCGGCUGGUGAUGGUGCCAAGGUGUUGAGCGUCGCGUGGGACAAGUCUUGGGGCAUCGUAAGUGCAGGAGAGGAUAAAAAGGUGCAAAUUAAUAGGGGUAGAGGGCUUUUGGCUUCAUAG